AAAAGGGAAAUAACUGGUGAAAACGGAUAUACUAUGUCCAAAGUUCGCAUCCUGAUUUAUGACCCCAACAAGUUUCAUUGACUCAACACAAACAAUUGAAAGCAAUUGAAGUUGAACGGAUACGCUGUUUGUAGUACUUGUUCAUACAGAUGCAAAAAUGCGCGUGCUGAUAUCUGAGGCCUGCUCAUCAGUUGCCUAUCAAUUACUGCCGCUGUUGGCAGCCGGAGAUGUGUUUCAACAUCAGGUAGAUGGAGUUCACUUGGUAUUGUGUGACACGAGUGAUAGAGAAGAUGAGCUGAUGGGCGUGGCUACGGAACUGCGAGACUGCGCUCUACCCACCCUGACUGGCGUGUCCACCACUUCCGACUUCUGCGCGGCCUGCAAAGUUGCUGACGUCAUUCUCGUCUUACCGGAUGUUGAAUGCUUUGAUAACCCUGGCAACCGUCAGUUAGAUAUCUUCUGGAGUAGAUUGUCACAUAUUGACUUUCCAGCCCUGGACGGGGCGUUGCAUCCGGUCACUAACAGACAGACAAUGAGACCCGUUAAUGCACGCGGUCCACUGUCGGCUGCACGUGCAAUCGCCGAUAGCAUGAGACGCGUGCAUGUGGAUGCGCUCCAGAACGACAUUCAAAUGACCUUAGACCCACGGGAGGAGUCUGAGUUUUGCUGUGUACCUGUAUCCUUAGUGUCGAGCACUUAUCAAGACAUAUGUGAAAACCACUUGUCCGUUACCCGCACAACAGAAUUCUACCAGAAGACCGGUACCUUGGUACUGAUUGCGAGCGUAAAUAUGGAAUUAAUGGAAUGUCUUUCAGAAAAGGCAACUAGGCCUAAAGAAGUUGACAUGACGUCAUCACUGUUUUCCAGACUGUGACAAAUUGCCGUCCAUGUGUCCACGGUGUUUUGUGGCGCUUACGUGCUUUACAAAUUGAUGAAUCAAUUAACUAAUAAAUGUAUUGCUUCUCCGGUAAAAAAAAACAUCAACCAACUAUAAUUCAAAUUGUUUAUUUUUGGCACGUAUACUUGCAAUUAUUGUAUACACUUUAAAAUAGCGAGCGUGUAAAUUAGUUUGUGUAGCACGAGAAACUGAUAGAGUACGUCAAAAUGUAACCUUAACAAAACCUUUGAGUUGUUUAGAGUGUAUGAAAAACAAAAAUACCUAUUUACUUUUAAGUUUCAUGUAUCACGUUUAAAGCACAUACGAAUUCAAGAAGAUAUGUUUUCGCAAAUGAGAUAAAUUGAACAUUUUUUAAUGCGUACGACAUCAAAUAAAAUUAACCGCACAUGUUUGCCACGAGCAGUUACGUUCGUUGGCACUGUUAAAACAAUGGUUAGAGAGGCCAUUAUAAUGUUGAACACAAUCGAUUGAAUUACGCUGUUCGAAAUUGAUAGCUUCGAAGAUAAUCAAUCGCUAAAUGGAUGAUAGGCCAUCAUUCGCACAGAAUAAUAGAAACAUGCCUCGCUUGUGCUGGUUCUAAUUUCGCUUGAAACGAAAACAAUACAAGUUUGUCGGCAAAAUAUGGAAUUAAAUCAAUAUUGUACACACAACUUUUCUAACCACAAUUAGGAUGCUUCUUAUAUCACAAAUAUUUCAUGAUUUCCGUUUUUUUUAGUUAAGAAUUGUUUACUUGCAAGAUGUUGGAUAUGUCAUGGCCUCAAUUCGUGGAUGUGAUUACUUUUAUAUACAAAUAUGAUGCAACUUGCAUGUUUCGUUUGUACCGUGCUAUAAAUUGUAUUUGUAUUUGGUUGCAUUUGUUUUAAAAGGCGUAAGUUUGCCCAUUGAAUAGAUCCUUUUUUCAAUCUAUUACAACUUAAAAUGUGUUUUGUUAUUUGUCUUUAUAUAACAGGUAACGUUUGAUAUGUUUGCGACCAAAAAAAACACUAUUUUUUUAAUGACGCAUAUAUUAUCUUUAACUUUUAAGUUGUGUUUUUUAGAAAUUAAACACGUAUUGUAGAGAUGCGACGUAUAAAAGUGUGACGACUAGAAGUAUUUAAUUUGUUUCCUUUUUUUUAUGACGGUCAAUUUUAACAAACAUAUCAAGUGUAUGAUGGCUAUUCUGAAGUCCAAAAUCAGUUAAACAUUGCAUUUGUGGUUGAGUGUGUGUAAUAUUGUGCUUAAGAACUUAUUACAUGUAUGCACAUACAUUUAUAUUACAAGUGACAUAUGUCAAAAAUGUAAAUUCAAGUAUA